AUCCUUGUUCAAAUAUUGCAAUUUGUGUGCCUCGGGAAAGCAGAAACCCCCAGAUCCCGAUCAAAGCUGUUUUCCAUCAUGCCUAGCUCCAGUCGAGAUAAAGCUGCAGAAAGCGAACUGCCGGAAGGGAUAAAGGAAAGGAUUUUGGAGCGGAUGCCCACUCGAGACGCCGCCCGAAGUGCUCUGCUCUCAACUCAGUGGAGGGAUGCUUGGCACCGCCAAGGGCGGCUCAUCUUUGGCAGGGCCUUCUUCAACUCCGUUGAAAACAGUAAAUUUUCUCGGGACGGCCGCCUGUCUGCGGUAAGCAUAAUAAACAACAUUCUCCUCCUCCGGGCAGCACCUAUAAAGAAAUUCACCUUAAACAUAUAUCGCUCAUAUGUCCUGCCGCCGCCGAAACAGUCUGAUAUAGACCGGUGGUGUCUUUUUCUUUCAAGAAACGGCGUUGAGGAACUUCACCUCUCUGCUCGUUAUGCCGGACAAAAGUAUAAGGUACCAUCCUGUCUAUUGUCAUGCAAGACCAUCAAGCAACUGACACUUGAUCGUUUCGUUUUUUACUUGCCGGCAAAUGCUCCCUGUAUGUUCUCCGGGCUGACGUCGUCAAAUUUCAGAAGGGUUGAGUUCAGGGGUAAAGAUAAGAGACUGGUCUUUAGCAUGCCCAAGCUUGAGAAGCUGGAUAUAUAUACGUGUGCUGGUAUUCCUAAUUUUGUCGCCAAAGCUCCCAAUCUUAAAAGUUUGUCUCUAUUUGGUUCUCUAGGGAGGACUGGGAGCAGAUUGCUCAGGUUCCAUUUGAGCUCCAUUAGUACCCUACAUCUCUGUUUGGAGAGGGCUGCUGCGAUGGCCUCAGUCUUCCCAACUGAGGCAAUAAAUCUGCAAGAACUCAAGCUUGAUGGCUUCAAUUUUGGUUUUAACUACCAUCUUGCCUUUGUGGUCAAAUUACUUAAAAAGUCCCCCAAGCUAUGUGUGCUGCAGAUUAAUGUUCAGGAAGGUUCUGAAAAUGCAGAUCCAACACUUUUGGAGGAUCUUAGUAAAGAGGAUUUGAGGAUGCUUGAGACCGUGAAACUCGACGAGUUUACAGGAACCCAAAUCGAAAUGUGCCUUGUGAGAUUGUUACUCUCAAAUUCGCCUGCACUCCACCACGUUGUCAUUCGUGAAGCUAUAGAUAUCAAUGAGUCUUUGGCUUCAAAGGCCCCAAAGAAACUGUUAAGCUUUCCUCGUUCGUCUCCGAAAGCACAAAUUGUCUACAAGGACGACUACAAACCCCUAUAAAAGAAAGAUCUUGUGGCAUGUUAACAAGUUUUCGACUUCUGGCCCACCUUAUGGGAAUAUUUUGCCAGUUAAUUUGACCGGCCUUGUGGUAUGAUAGUUUUUGCCAGACAUGUAUCGAAAAAGUUAAAACAACCAUGCUAGGGGUACACAAGUUGUACACAAGUUGUACACAAAAUGUCGGUCACAGACAAUUGGUACGGAAUUGUCUGUGGUCACAGACAAGAGUUGUCUGUGUACACAAACAAAUUUUGUCUGUAUCCACAGACAUUUACUUUUUUGUAAAAAGUACGCUGACAGCCGCCUGACACUGACA